AAAAUUUUUAAGGGCUCUAGCAUCUUUUUGUCAUGUUUUAAAUAGAGUUGGUUUGGACUGGUAGCCCAGAUUUCCAUUACUUCAUUGUACAACAGCUCCGGAUCUGACUUCUGAGCAUAAACACCCAGCAAAGUAGUAGAUAGCCGGGGAGAUCAAGCGAGUCGGUGAGUCCCGAGUCAUUUUAAUCCAGUCACCGGCGACGAUGGAUCCGGCGAACUCAACUCUAGGGCGAAUGAUAUUGGAGGAGAUCACUCCAGUGGUCAUGGUCCUCCGCACCCCUCUCGUUGAGGAAUCUUCUCAGAAGAAUCAACUCUCCUUCAUCCAAUUGCUUUCUCCUUUCUGCAAUUUCAACAAUAUCGACGUGCCAGUUCGAACUGCAAGUGAUCAGCCUUACAGGCUCAAGAAGUUUAAAUUGCGCUUGUUUUAUGCUUCAGAUAUUCGGCAGCCUAAUAUUGAGGUUGCAAAGGAGCGGUUAAACCAAGUUAUCACUGAUGCUGGAGAGAAAGAUCUUUCUGACUUAUGUUCAGAACCUCUGGAAAUUGAGACUGUGCUCAACUCUUCGCAAAACGAGUUCCUACCGUCAUGGUUCCAAUAUUUCAACAAUGAGCUAGUACAUACAGUCUCCUUUUCAGAACAUGAAGCUUUUGACCAUCCUGUGACAUGUCUUUUGGCUGUUUCUUCGCGGGAUGAAGAUCCCAUCAACAAAUUUGUUGACCUAUUUAACACUAAUCAGUUGCCUUCCUUUCUCAACGAUGGUGCAAUGGAUCCAAAAAUUCUAAAGCAUUUUGUAUUGGUACACGAUGGUGAAUACACCUCAUUAGAAAGAGCAACAAAAACCUUGGCAGAGAUGAGGAGCACAUUUGGGGCUAGUUGUUGUCAUUUGCUGUGUAUCAACUCUUCUAAGGAUGGGUCAGGAGAACAUGAAAAUCUGUGGGCUGCUUUUAAAACUGAUAUUUCACAUGGCCAGCAGUUACGCUGCUUCCUUAGCUCAGAUGACUUGGAUGAGCUGGAGAAAUUCAUACAAGAUCUAGCGUCUAAACAUAUUAUUCCUCAUAUGGAGCAAAAAAUCCGUCUUCUCAAUCAGCAGGUUUCUGCAACAAGAAAAGGUUUUAGAAACCAAAUAAAGAACUUGUGGUGGAGAAAGGGGAAAGAAGAUACACCAGAAAACCCAGCUGGUCCAAUGUAUACUUUCAGCUCUAUUGAAUCGCAAAUAAGAGUUUUGGGUGAUUACGCCUUCAUGUUACAUGAUUAUGAGCUUGCGUUGUCUAACUAUCGUCUACUUUCUACCGACUACAAGCUCGACAAAGCAUGGAAACACUAUGCUGGUGUUCAGGAAAUGAUGGGACUGACCUACUUCAUGUUGGAUCAGUCGAGAAAGGAUGGUGAAUAUUGCAUGGAGAAUGCAUUUGCCACAUAUUUAAAAAUCGGAUCAUCGGGUCAGAGAAAUGCUACACGUUGUGGUCUAUGGUGGGUAGAGAUGUUGAAGGGCAGAGAUCAGUAUAAGGAGGCUGCCAGUGUAUACUUCCGUAUCUCUGGUGAGGAACCCCUCCAUUCAGCAGUAAUGCUCGAGCAAGCAUCCUAUUGUUACUUGUUUUCCACUCCCCCCAUGUUGCGCAAGUACGGGUUUCAUCUUGUUCUUUCUGGGGACCUGUAUAAAAAAUGUGAUCAGAUAAAACAUGCAAUUCGAACAUACAAAGGCGCCCUUUCUGUUUUUGAAGGAACUACAUGGAGGCACAUUAGAGACCAUGUUCAUUUCCACAUAGGGAAGUGGUAUGGUUUCUUGGGGAUCUUUGAUGUUGCUGUUAAAAAUAUGUUGGAGGUUCUAGCUUGUGGUCAUCAAUCUAAGACGACACAGGAGUUAUUCCUAAAGGAUUUCUUUCAGAUAAUUCAGCAAACAGGCAGAACAUAUGAGGUUCCAAAGCUUCAGUUACCGGUAAUCAACAUCCCUUCAGUCAAAGUGGUUUACGAGGAUCAUCGUACCUAUGCAUCCCAAGCAGCUAUUCAUGUAAAAGAAAGUCUGUGGCGAUCGUUAGAGGAAGACAUGAUUCCAACAUUGUCAAGUAAGAGUAAUUGGCUGGAACUGCAAUCUAAAAUUUUGCCAAAGAAGUUUAAAGAAUCAAAUAUUUGUGUAGCUGGAGAGGCAAUUGGGUUAGCCAUUGAAUUCAAAAAUCCACUCCAAAUACCUGUUUCAGUAUCUGGUGUUACCCUAAUUUGUGAACAUUCUCCAGCAGUAUCUGAACCUAUUAGUUCUAUUGGGAACGAUGUAGAUGCGAAUAAUUCAAUUGGUGAUCAAAAUGGUGAGACAUCAAGCAAAUCGGCCACUAGUGGGAAUUUUACUUCUGAUACAUCUUUAUUUACAUUAUCGGAGGCUGACGUUGCCUUAGGAGAAGAUGAAACAGUACUGUGUAGUAACAUAGGCGUAAUAAACAUCCACCGUCUAGCAGUUGAGAUUAUUUAUGAAAGACUGGAGCUUGUAAAUUUGGGGGCUCAGCAAAAUUCAAGUAGAUGGAAGGAAGUGCUACAUCUUCACUUUUGUAUCCUUUCCUCCACUGUUGAAGCUCUCCAUUACCUUUUACAUGGCUAAUCAGUUAAAUUGUCCAAAGCUUAGAGGUCCGGGGAUUAUGAUUUCAGAUGCAAAUAGCACCAAAAUACUUUUCUAUCUGAUUUUUCAAUUAAAUUAGGGUUCACUAUUGUGUUUUCUACUAACAAAACUUAUCUCAUCAAUCUUUUUGCUUAAAUCAUAAACUAGACUUGCCCAUUGCCUUGCUCUCUGUUGUUUGCUGGUCAAACAGACAAGGCAUUAGCUACACACAGAGUACUUCCUUUUCAUUCUUACAUUAAACUACCAGUUCUAUUUGCGUAUUUUUAAUGCUAAGGAAGCAGUAAUUUGCUGUAUGUUGAUUGCCUCUUUCCCUAACUCUGUGUGUGUGUGUGUGUGUAGUACUUCUAUAUAUCUAGUUUUAUGAUGCUUUAAGAACUGAGGAUUUAGGUUUUUCUUCUGUAGAUAUUGGUUUAAUCAGAAUACGAGUAACAUUGAAAAAAACUAGCCAUUUUGUCCAUGACUUGUCUGAAAGAAUUCGAGUAUUCAACCCAAAACCUUAAGGCAAUAAGUGGAGUAACCCAAGGUCUUUAUAUACCCCCUCCAGCACGUGUAACUUCAUUUCGGCAUACACACGUAAACUUCGAUGCGGACUUACAUAAGUGAGAAUGGACUAACCAAAAGUUGGCUAUGAUGCCAUGCAAUAGAAUUUGAGCAUCCAACUCAAAACCUUUAGGCAAAGGCGGAAGUAUCCCAAGACCCUUAUAGAUCUCUUUGGAAGCCCUUAAACAAUCCAUUUCAUACAACUAUAUAACUCGACACACUAGGGUGUUUUGUGGAAAAUUACAGGUCUACCAUGGUUUAUUCCUUUUAUGCUGAGGUUGCACCUGUUAUGCUUAGCAGGAUGCCUGUAGUUUCUUUGGUGGCCAUUGCUCCUUCUUUGUUGGGAGGAAAGAUCUGUACCUUCUUUUGCAAGUGAGUAUCAAACUUUGACGUUCAUUUUCUAGUAAUGGGAUUGUCCGUCUUGGGACACUUCAGUGAAGAAACCAUAGCAGAUUGAGUUGUUGGAUUUUCUGGAGGCAUUAAAGGGAGGGAAAAGAUAGAAACGUGUAAGAGAGCGGGGAAAGAAGGGCACAAAUUUGAGAUAGAGUUGGGGAAGCCGGAGAGUUAUGCUCUGUUUGCUCAACUGCUGGGAACUGAAGUCAAUGAGAAAAUGGGAGCGGCGGUUUCACUAUUAUAAUUAGUUUUCUCUCUUUGAAGACACUUAUUAUGGGCUGACCUAAAGCCUUUGUCCAGAGUCUUUUAAAUUUCAAAAUCAUUGUUAAUUAUGCAGUUAAAUGUAUAAUAUCAUGUGUCUUUGCUAAUAUUUCCCAAAAAAAA